AUUCGUUUUCGACCAGUUUUACAUGUGUCCACAGCUCCAUGUAUGAGAGUGAAGAUCGGAUUUCGUGGAUUGACGCUGUUGUUGGAGAGAAAUUCUUUUAAAAUGUAGCACAAGCAUGGGAUCGAUAGGCUUUGUGUGUUUUGUGGUAAUUCUUGUAGUAUCAUCGGGUUUAGUUCAAUCGCUUCAAAGACGAUCGGAGGACUCAUCCAGGAAUUCAACGGCAUGUUCACAUUGUUCAGCUCCUACAAUCACUUCCAUUCUUGCAAACCAGACUGAAAUUGUUGGUAAAAAAAUUUUCUUGAAGUGCUAUGCUAAGGGACAUCCACUGCCAAAUAUUACUUGGUAUAAAGAUGGGAAGAGGAUUGACAGCUCAAACAAAGGAAGGAUUGUUAUUAGAAGCAUUGAUCAUGGUUCCAGGCUAAAAAUCAAAACUCUACACAAGACCGACAGUGGCAAAUACUACUGCAAUGCAACAAAUAGUGCUGGAGCUGCCAUUAGCAAUGCUGCAAGCAUCMUKGUCAAAGGUGUUGACUGGAAUAAGACAAUCAACACAACUCCCACCUCACCAUACAACACGGGUGAAUUCAAUUACCCCUUAACCCAACAUCCUGGCUACUGUGUUCACUAUACUGGAAAAAAGUGCUCUGCCUACAUCAACCGACACAAAAGUAUCCACAUCAAGCCAGACAGCCAACAAAGUGGAGUCGAGAAUAAACUUCAAAAUGCAUUAGAUUCGUUUUCAAAAUCAAAGCAACUUAGUGAUAAAUGUGAACCGUACGUAUUGCCUGUGCUGUGUCAUUUUUUAUUUCCUUACUGCGAUGAGUUAUCUGCUGACCCUAAACCACGAACGUUAUGUCAUGAAGAAUGUAAGUUAUUAAGAGAUGAUAUCUGUAUGAUGGAGUACAAGAUGGUCAGCACUUUACUACACGUGCUUAUCCCUGAUUGUGCAGUUUUACCAAAGAAAGACAGCCCAGCGGGAAAAAAUUGUAUCCCUCUGCCAUUAGUAUUUGCAAGACCUGUYAGGUAUAAGGAACAGAAAGGUGAUCGGUGUUUUAAUGGGACAGGACGCUAUUACCGUGGUAACGCCAGUAUCACCGAAAAUGGAUAUUCGUGUCAACGAUGGAAUUCCACAGAACCUCAUUACCAUCUCAUGUCACCUGCAGUCUAUCAUGAAUUGCGAGGGGGUCAUAAUUUUUGCAGAAACCCAGGAGGAAAGAAAGAUCGACCAUGGUGCUUCACGACGGAUGAGAAGAAGAGAUAUGAYUAUUGCGCAAUAUCGAGAUGUGAAGAAGAGGCACCUCCUAUACAUGUCGUUAGUAUCCUGUAUACAGUCAUCCCUUGUCUUAUAAUUGCUGUUGUCUUCUCAUCUGUUGUAAUWGUUAUUUGUUGGCGAUGUCACAAGCAAAUCAUUUACCAAGCCAACCAAUCAUCGACACCYUUGAUGCCUGUCGCUGUCAAGAAUGACUAUAAGAUCCAAGAAAUGAAGGAUUCUCUUCGAAUUCUGAAAGAUGUCGGCGAAGGAGAAUUUGGCAAGUUUUAUCAUUGUGAAAUCACAACACGAACAGAGGAGGGUGGUGUAGUGGUCAACCAAGUGUUUGUCUCGUCUUUAAGAAAAUCUCACAAUGAAUUCCUGCGUCGUGAAUUUUUACAGGACAAAGAAACAUGGGCCAAAUUUACACAUCCUAAUGUGUUACCAAUUGUUGCAAUAUGCAACCAAGGGUCACCAACGUACGUUCUUUAUGAGUACYUAGAGUGUGGAACAYUACAUGAGUAUCUGCUAAGACACGCUCCGAUYGAGGACUCGCUAGAUGAGAGCGAAGAAGACUCAUUGACUUUGUGGACUUACGAUCUGUUAUCGAUUGCUUAUCAGAUCGCUGCCGGGAUGAAUUACCUGAGCAGUAGUGAUUACGUCCACGGCGAUCUUGCUACUCGGAACUGCAUGAUAGGUGAACGUUUUGACGUUAAGAUCACUGACUUUGCGUCGACGCGUGUGGGUUACGCCCACGAUUAUUAUCGAUUACCAAACCGGCGGCCGCUGCCGGUAAGAUGGAUGGCCCCUGAGAGCAUUAAUAGCUACAGAUUCACUACAGAAUCAGAUAUAUGGUCCUUCGGGAUUGUUCUAUGGGAACUUUUUUCGUAUGGUGCUCAGCCGUACUAUGGACUAACCAAUGAACAAGUAAUUCAUAGUUUCAGAGAUUACGUCAUGUUACUGUGUCCUAUCGAUUGUCCRACUAGUGUUUAUGCCCUAAUGACAGAGUGUUGGGACAUUCUUCCACCGAGCAGACCCACAUUUAGUUCGAUCUAUAAAAAGUUAUGUGCGUUGAGAUGCGAGAGUUCUGUGACUGUACCUACUUGAAGAGAUCGAUGGAUGAGCAUGUAAAAUGAUGUGUUAAAUUGCCAUUGGUAACGUGCAUAGUGACGGCRUACAGUAAAGGCAUUMAUGUGAGGUCAUUUAGCACAAUUAUCAGUCAAGGUCAUUCAGUCGUUUGUUAAAAGUGAUCAUGCCUCUUAAAACAUCGGUUACGUGUAUAAACAAAUUAUGAAGACAUUCGGUUGCGYUGCAUGCUACAUGCGCCAUCGAUUUGGACUAUAGUAUUAACGCGGACGUUUGUACUGAAARGUUUUGUAAAGAGUGAGGACGUAGUAAGAGAAGGGUAAAAGUAGACGAAGUUAUUUAAGUAUUCAGGACUAAGACUUACCUUCGAUUUCUCAGACGAAUUGGUGUCAUUUAUAAGAACCAAUAGACUAGUCGUGCUAAGGACGUUGGUCUAAAACAAUGAAUAAGUGAAAAUAUGUUUGACUGAUUUCGAUUAAGAAUUUGAAAUUGGAAUGAUUAAUAUUAUCCUGUGUACAUGGUGCCAUUGCAAUUCGUCUGAGGAAGGGAAGAACUUAUUGCAUCUAAGCUGCCGCUGCAUAUAUCCAAGUUGUUGUUUAUCUGUCCUCUGAGUUUUGCUCGAAGGGAGUUACUGUUAUUUUUCUUCUAUAUAAUGAUCUGAACAUUUAGAUGACGAAUGAUAAAAUUCUUAUUUAGGUCUAAAGGUCUCUAAAAACUUCUAAGAAGCAUUUAGUCUGUGAUCACUUAAAGGGCCAUCAUCAACCAGCAUACAAUACAGUCGUGUCUUUAAGUCUCCAGUUGUACAGAAUAUCGGUCAUUUUGAGGUGACUUCAAAUAUCCGUUUACAAUCUGUUUCCAUUCGUUAGUUUUAUGAAGAAAUGGUGAAUUAUCUCUACUUUCAGAAUUUGUUUUGCUUGGAUUAAGAUAUGAUUGUAAUUCCAUGAAUAAAAGUGUAUGGGAUGCCGGUUGGUUAUAGCACUUGUUCGUAACUUCAAAUUAGUGAUCAAUUGCAGUCAUUUUCCUCUAAAAGAGGUUGCUACCAAAGAAGGCUUUGCAAAUUAUCGUGUUAUUUGGUCGCUUCUGGACCGUUAUUGCGCAUCACAUUACUGUAMAAAUACCUCUCGGAAUUAACAGUGUAAAUAUAUAUAAUUGGAAUGGUGAUCAGCGGCAAAAGAGACUGGACGAUUUGUACUUUGUACCAGCCAAUUAAAGAGUAAAAUAAGAGUAUAAGAUAUAGAUUCAUAAAUAAAAAAUACUGCCUCGAGUCUCGACUCGGGUAGAUCAUAWAUUACUUUUCA